UUUGAACUUAAUGAAGAAAGACUUAGCGAGGGUCUAUGGGUUCAUUUUUCAUCAUACCAUGUGUUUUUGUCCUCCAUUCGAGCAAACAGACAUUAGUUCUUGACUAUCCAGUUACCGUCGUCUUCCUACUUUGCACAAAAACCUCAAAAUGUCAUGUAUCAAAUUCGGACUUAUACUAAAAUCCUCUCUCUGUUCAUUCCAACUCCCUCAACGCACCAUUUCCACUCUAAAAAACUCCAUUCAUUACCCAGAAUUACCAAACCAAUGGACGGGUUUACACAAUUGGAGACACACUUCACUUAACCACGACCGAUUUUGGGGACCCAAUGGUCCCGAUAUUGUACCACUAUCCGCAAAGUCCAUUCAAGAAUCGACCUUGUUCGACUCGAUUUACUCGGCUUCGUCGCUUGCUGAAAUGGGUGCUGUUGUUCUUUGUACUAGUGAUCCUUUGAUGAAAUCGAAGCUUACCCAUUUGGGUUAUUGUAGGUGGCGUCAAGAGGGUCUCCCUGUUGGGAACUAUGUACCCCCGGUUCGACCUGCUCGACCCGAAAAUCCUCAACUGGUGGCGUCAAGAGGGUCUUCCUGUUGGGUGUGUUCUGAACCCCUGGUUCGACCUGCUCGACCCGAAAAACCUGAGUUGGUUCCAUCCAAGGAAAUUCCAUCUCCUAAGCACUCGGGUUUAUCUCUCAAUGCAUAUAUGCUUCAUAAUCUUGCUCAUGUGGAGUUAAAUGCUAUUGACUUAGCAUGGGAUACUGUUGUCCGUUUCUCACCGUACAGUGACCUUCUGGGUGAUGGGUUCUUUGCUGAUUUUGCCCAUGUGGCUGAUGACGAGAGUCGCCAUUUCGCUUGGUGUUCCCAAAGAUUGUCUGAACUUGGAGUCAGGUAUGGUGACAUGCCUGCUCAUAAUUUGCUUUGGAGGGAGUGUGAGAAAUCUUCAGAUAAUGUUGCUGCACGUCUGGCGUCAAUCCCACUUGUCCAGGAAGCAAGAGGUCUUGAUGCCGGGCCUCGACUGGUGCAAAAGCUAAUUGGCUUUGGGGACCAUCGGACUUCCAAUAUUGUGUCUAGAAUUGCUGAUGAAGAAGUUGCACACGUGGCUGUGGGCGUCUACUGGUUCAUUUCGGUUUGUGAGAAAUUGGGAUGCACCCCCUGCACAACUUUCAGAGAUUUACUAGAGGAAUAUAACGUUGAGUUAAAAGGACCAUUCAACCAUUUGGCUAGACAUGAAGCUGGUCUUCCACGAGAAUGGUAUGAUCCUUCUUCAAGCGUAGAAGAUAAGCAAAAGAAGCUAUCUCAGGUUUAUGAUCGAUUGGAAUGCAUAAUUGCUAUGGAAAAGGAGAACUCAAGUCUAGAUAGUCCACACCAAUGAUUCCUACAUCGAGGAACUGAUUCGAUUUCUUGAAGGGCAAAAAAUACCAACAGCAGCAAGCAGCAAACGUUCCUGCUAAAAUUCCAGCGAGCAAAGGACUUGUUCCCUCUUUGAUCCCGUGAAAUGAGCAUGAUUUGCUGUCAUCACUCUAACCUUGAACGCGUCGACUAUCAAACAGAGCCUAAACCAUUGACCUUACAAUCUUGAUUUCCAACUAAGCUCGGAUGGUUUACGGAUUGGAAUCAGAUUGGAUCGAUAAUAUUGAUCUCUUCAGCAGAGGCGGAGCUACGGGAACAAAGUUCAGUUGUACUCCCUUCGAGUAUAAAUAAGGUAAAACCAAAACUCUCUUGUAUGUAUAUAUAACUAUUUGAAUCCUCUUGAUAUAACUAAAGCUUCUAGUGUGCUGGUGCGAUAGUUUAUAAUAUUAAUCUAUGGGUGUCUUGUUUCUUGUA